CAUGCUGCUGCCAGGUGCAGAGUCUCUCAUGGGUCCCCCUGUACGGCCUCCCAUUGCUGCUGUCUCCAUCGCCACACUCUGCCAUGUGCCACUUUCAGGUCUCCUCACACUGCUGUUGUGUUCCAUUUUUGUCAUAGGGUGCUGGCAGAUUACGGGCCUCCCAUUGCUGCUGCCAGGCCCGUAAUCUGCCAUGGGCCCCUGUACCUGCCUCCUCAUGCUGCUGCCAGGUCCAGAGUGUGUCCAUGGGUCCCUGUACGGCCUCUCAUUGCUGCUGUCUCCAUCGCCACACUCUGCCAUGUGCCACUUUCAGGUCUCCUCACACUCCUGGUGGUUUCCAUUUUUGUCAUAGGGUGUUGUUAUGGCCUCCCAUUGCUGCUGCCCACCGCCACACUGUGGCUCCACACUCUGGUUUUGGCCCCGUGACUGCCCAAAUGAGUGAAGUGUGCGGUGAUUCUAAGAUCGACGGCACUCAUCUGCAUGUCAUUACUG